GUCAUAAGGAAAGCUAUUCCGACUCAGUAACAUAAAGGAAACAAGAGUUUCGCCUCGGGAUUAAAAAUCCUGAGCGAAAAACGACGCGGAAAACAGAGUUGAAUGCUUUGAAAAUACAACAGAGUUUGUAGAAAUAUUCUUUGUAGAGACAGAUAAAAUUAAAAAACAUGGAGGGAGAAGCAAACCAAACCCAACAACCUACCCCCUGCAAAACCGGAUGUGGUUUCUAUGGCAACCAGGCAUCAGACGGCCUGUGCUCAAAAUGCUAUAAAGAUGCAGUUAAACAGAGUCAAAAUGCUUCCCAAGCAGCGGCAAGAAGUUCCCCAGCAACCACAUCCACGUCGACUACCCAGACUCCAGACCUCACAGCCUUAAACCAAAAGGAGGCAGCCAUUGCAACAUCAUCAGAAAACAUCUCCGCUAAACAAACCGUUGAAGAACCAAUACCAGAUAUCUCGUUACCUGAAGCAAUUGCAACUAAUUUAGAAUCACCGGAAAAAGGAAAGAAAAAGAACAGAUGUAAUGUUUGUAGGAAGAAAGUUGGUUUAACAGGAUUCAUCUGUAGAUGUAACGGUCUUUUUUGCGGACUUCACCGAUAUUCCGACAAACACGAAUGCACCUUCGAUUAUAAAGCAGAUGCCAGAGAGCAAAUAGCAAGACAAAAUCCGGUCGUGGUUGGUGAGAAAGUUAAAAAGAUUUGAAAAGUUAUAUUAAAUGACGUUUGCUUAGUUUUCAACCAAUGAAGUGCAAGUGUGAGGGCAUUAAUUUGCAUAAAUUUGCAUAUAGUAUCAUAUAUUAUUGUAAAUAUCUAUGCUGGUGUCAUCGCCAUUGAAGUAUAUCAGUUAUACCAUAAUGUGAGUUAAUAUUUUGAUGUAUGCUUGAUAGUAAAGCGGUAUUGCGUAAUUAUGGUAUGAAAUUCAUGGUCCUAAAACUUGGAUGUAAAUUCCAAGUGAUUUAUUUGGGGCUACCAAGUCACUGCUCUUGGUUUUUGGGUCUACGAUUUCUGGCAUUUAUUUUUUGAUGUUGAUCCAAGGUCUUAGAUUUUUGGCCUUUGAUCCAUGGCCCUAAAUUUCUGGCCUUUGAUCCAUGACCUGCGAUUUUCAGCCUUUGACCUGUGGCCUUUGACUUUUGGCCUUUGACUGAUGAACUUCGAUCAUUGAAGCUUGAGGUAUAGCCUUUGACUGGUAGCUGAUAAUUCACUGUUUUUGCUUCUUAAACCAUGAUUUGCAGACUUUGAUUUCUAACCUUUCGCUGCAUCAAUAGUCAAAAGGACUGUUUAAUGGGUUUGGUUACAGAUGUGUUACACAAUUGAGUGGAAUCGUAGAUUUGCAGGAUAAGGUUUAGGUAUAUGGUAUGUGCCCUUAAGGCCAAUGUAAGAUACCUAGAAAAGUACAGUAUUGCUUGUUGUGUUAUUGUUUUGUUGUGUAGGAAAGCAUUUUGAAGGGUCGAAAUCUUCCCGUCAGAAUCGCCUCCACAAGCAACAGCCAGGUUGUCAUUCCAUGCAUCACUGCUUUGUUUAUUAUCAAAACAGUCAGUGACAGUGGAAUAGAGUUUUCCAAUUUCCCUUAUCAAAGUAUAAACAUCCAUACUUUCAGAACCAAGGCUUGAGCAUUAUGACAUUUAGUAAUCCAGUGAUGCAAUAGCCAAGAAAACAUGCAAGCUGGGCCAACCUAUAUUUGUCAUACAAGCCAAGUUCUGUUGAUAUCAUUUGAAAAACAUACAUUGCUCCUGCUUUGAGGCAUGGAUAUGCGUAAAUUAACAACCCGCUUGGAGCUUGGAUAUGCCUAUUAGAUGCAACACAGUGACCUAUUUUACGAAUGUAUCAAAAGUAAAUCAUUAGAAUUAAGGAGGCUCGAUUCUUAAACAGGUUGCUAGCACGUGUAUAAUUGUAGCACGCUGUUGUUAUGGUAAUUUUUUGAAAACAUGGCAGCGUUGCCGAGGACCAUUUACAUUGAUUUUAAUUAAUAUAAUUCCGUUAUGUGUUACCGUCACAACUGGGGGAGCAACUUUGGUUUGGGACUGCUUCAUUUCUACCCUAGUGUUACUAAAGGUUAGCCUCACCUUAAUAUACAGAUUAAGCUUUCCUUUCCAUUGUUUAUUUAUGUAACUAAAGGUAACUCUGUGGUAACCUGUGUUUUUUAUAGUCUGUAUUCACUUUUAUGACCUUCCAGUGGUAAUCCAUGUUAAUUUUCCACUACAUCAUCAAUGGGCCUUUUGUAAAUGCUCUCCUGCUUAGAACGUCAUAGCUUUUAAGUCUUUUUGUUCUAGAACUGCCUUGGCCAUUCCCCAGCUCCACAAGCCCAAUGUACAUAAAGUUUCAAAUUCAAAUUCAAAUUUCUUUCAUUAAGAUACAUUUUUACAGCGUGUUUAUUAAAAAUAUAUUUACUUAUAUUGUCUUCAACAUCAAGAUAAAUUAAAGAAUUAUAAAGAGAAUUCUCUUCUGGACAGAUCCUAGCAAUGUUCCCAGAUUGCCAGACCUAUCUCUUCUAUUUAAUAUUUUCUGUCUCUCAAAGUCGAAUUCCAAAUCCCGUUUCCUUCAAAACUGCUCUUGGGGUAUUUUCCCCCUUCAAUCUCCUGGGUUACGAUUCGAAGCCGGGGGCAUUUACCUUGCCAAAAACCGAAGUUGUUCUCCUAAAUUCGCUUAGUUACUAGAUAUAUUAAAUUAAAUUAGGAGUGUUUCGUUUUUGAAUUAAUAGCGUUUGUUGCAUUGUAUUAUUAAAAAGAGACUCUUUCAAAAUGGCCCGCCUACUGUAUCAGUUUGAGGCCAGUACAGAUGUCGUGUAGCCUCUUUUUCAUUCUCUGUUUAUGCGAUUUUCUCAAAUUUUGUUGUGAUCAAUAAGGAGAGCUUGCUA